AUGCCGGUAAAAGCAAUCAAGACGAUCUCGUCGGCCAGGAAUGGCGUCGGUGCCUUCAUCUUGCAAUGCAAGCGCCUUGACUUCCACUAUUGCAACUUUGGCGGAAGCUCCCGGGGCAUGCUUUCCUUCCUAACAAAGGAUCUUGCUGCCUUUGCCCGUGAACACCCCCAGAUCGAAAUCCGUGUCUCCCCACGACCAGCAAAGCACCCUGUUAUCAAGGGUCACUACAUCAAUGGCCACGAGAAGGCCAUCUGCGUACGAAACCUUGAGCCCAGCGAAAUUAUGAAGAAGACCAACAUCCUCAAGGAGGCCAACGGCGAGAAGUUGAAGCGCACCAAGAAGCCCGUGACAAGUCUGAACGAGAGUGUGCGUGGUAUCUGGUCGCCUUACCACGGUGAUCUGCGCGGCGUAUGA